CUAUUUGAUCUUACACCGUAUAUAAACAUAAUAAUAAUCAAACUACCGUUUACCCAUAAUCCUUUCUUGUGAAGAAAUUUCUCUCUUUCCGGUAGUGUCUCCAUUAAGAUAGCCAGUCAAAAUGGGUGCCUACAAAUAUAUACAGAUGAUCUAUCGCAAAAAGCAAAGCGAUGUCAUGAGAUUUCUGCUCCGUGUUCGCUGCUGGCAGUAUCGCCAGUUGAAUGUGCUUCACCGAGCACCAAGACCAUCUAGACCAGAAAAGGCCAGACGCCUUGGCUACAAGUCUAAACAAGGCUACGUUAUCUAUAGGAUCCGUAUACGCCGUGGUGGACGUAAACGACCUGUACCAAAAGGUGCCACUUAUGGUAAACCCAAGACUCAUGGUGUCAAUCAACUGAAGUUUGCCAGGUGUCUGAGAGCUGUUGCUGAGGACAAGGUUGGUCGCCGUUGUAAAUCUCUGCGAGUACUUAACUCAUACUGGGUUGCUGAAGAUUCAACAUUCAAAUUCUUUGAAGUGAUCCUGGUUGACCCAUUUCACAAAGCUAUUCGCCGUGAUCCCAAGAUAAAUUGGAUUUGUAAUGCUGUGCACAAGCACAGAGAGAUGAGAGGUUUGACAGCUGCUGGUCGCUCUUCCAGAGGUCUUGGAAAAGGUCACGGAUUCCACAAGACCAUUGGUGGCUCCCGUCACGCUUCCUGGAAACGCAGGCAAAUCCUUUCUCUGCGAAGAAAGCGAUAAACCUAAUGUACUUUCAAAUAUAUUUUACAAACGGGGUCAGUUUGUUGUGUUUUUUCUUUCUGCAAUCUGCUUCUGUUUGGUUCUAAGUGAGAAGAGGAAGGAAUAAAUGGUCUUCAUUCUGUUGA